AUGAACUAAUUGAUUUAAUAAGAGGAUGCCCAAGAGAAUUAGAACCAGGAUAAUUAAAAUCUAAAAUAAGCUCAAUAACAAAUUGAAGAUGAAGAUUAAAAAUAAUAAAGCUACAAAAAUUCUUAGGAAGAGGAAAAUGCAGGUUUUGAUUCUGGCCAUAAAGACUAAGAUCUAUAGUAAAUUCAUGAAGAGAGUCAAUAGAAUAGUCAGAAAUAAGAAGGAAAGGAUGAAACUAAAAGAAUACCAACCUAAGGAGAAAUGGAAACUACGACUUAAAGAAAAGAUGAGAAUAGACGAUUAGAAACUGAAAAGUAAUAAAGACAAAAAACAACUUCAGAAAAAACAUUUAAAACACUUGAAUAGAUUUAUUACAAGAGAAAUACCUAAUCAUUCAUGCAUCUUCGAGCACCUCAAUAAUUUGAUACAAAAAUAGUGCAUGAUUAAUUAAAUAAAUCUCAUGCAAAACAAUAAUACACUUUUCCUAAAGCUUAAAGGUUUUCCAAGCCAAAAGAAAGUUACUGCUCAAUGUAGUUUUAUGACUCUUAAAUUUAAACAUAAUUAAAUAAAAGAGCAGCAGCUUUGGGCUAUGGAACUAAGUCUGACUUCACAAAAAGAGAUAAAUAUAUUCCAGGACCUACAGAUUACAAUAUCAGAUUAAUGCCAAAGCCGGGAGUGAAAUUUGCAUACGGAAGAGAUGAAAUGCAUUCUAAAGGGCUUCAUGGUAGACCAAAUUCUAAUCCUGCUCCCAAUUCAUAUUAAGUCAAAGAUAUCAUAACCACAUACAAGUAUACAAUGGGAGAAAGAACAUCUGCCAAACACAUCUACAUUCAGUCCACUACUCCAGCCCCAGGUCGAUAUAAUGUAGGGGGUCUCAGUUAAAAAGGAAGCUACUUUAUUGGCAAAUACAAAAGUAGUGGAGCCCCUGUUAUUUCUCCUGCAACCGCUUAAUCUCAAAGAAUAAAAAAGAUUCCCGGCCCUGGAACAUAUGACCCUCCAGGAGAUAUAGGAGACCCAAGGAAUUAUUUGCCUUCACAAUAUUCUACCAGAAGUGGAUUUCGAUUUGGUUAUUAGGAAAGAUAGACCUAAGAGAUUAAAAAUAAAUAAUUCCCUGGUCCUGGUACUUAUUAACUUCCAUCAGAGUUUGGUGAUUUUGAAUACCCACCUUAAUUUUGA